AUGGGCGCGAGCGCGAACGCGACGGCGUUCUCGGCGUAUGCGGCGGGCGGGGUGCAGGCGUUUGCGGUGCCGGCUGCGAAGCGGGCGCGCGCGGCGAGUCCGGGUGCGGGUGCGGGUGCGGGUGCGGGUGGGGACGUGUUUGCGCUCGGGAGCGUGGGUGGGGGCGCGGGUAGGGAGAAGAGUCAGAGCCACAGCCACAGCCACAGCCACAGCCAAAGUCAGAGCCAGAGCGGGAGUAGGAGUAGGGAGGGGAGCGAGGAGAGCGUGCGGGAGGGCGCGGGGGACGUUGACGUGGACGCGGAUGCGGAGAGGGAGGGCGCGACGUUUGGAGAGCGGUUGAGGGCGGGGCGGGAUCGCGAGCGGGAGGACGAGGAGGACAGCGAUUGGGGCGAGCGGCGGGUCGAGUUGACGGAGAAGGAGGAGUCCGCGCGCUGA